GUCUCUCUCACAAGCACACAUUCUCUUUCUCUCUCUCACUCGUUCUCUUCCUCUUCAAAUCUUUGUGGCCUGUUUUUUCGCUUCUCUCUGCCAUUUGUUUUCUUCUUCUCUCUAUCUAAUUUCCAAGCUUGAAUAGUCAUAGCACUCUGUUUUCUUUUAACUCCUCUAUUACUUCUUCAUUUCUUGUUUAUUCCUUUCAAGAAUCCAAGGGACAUUAGAACCAAGAUGACGAACCAAAAUGUGGUAGUAUCCGAUCCAAAAUCCACCAUCAACUUGGCAAUCACUGUGCACGUGUCGGACUCUUCUAUCUUCCCCACCGCCGCACAGAAGCCACCUGCCGCUCCUGGUGGCUACAUCUCCAUUUCAAGAAAGAAACUUCUGAAGAAUCUUGAAAUCAAUGGAGGGGCAAGGAUAAACGCCUGGGUUGAUUCAAUGAGAGCCUCAUCUCCUACCCAUCUCAAAUCCACACCCUCUAUCACUGAUGACCAAGGCUCAUGGAUUCUUCAUCACCCAUCGGCCUUGGACAUGUUUGAGCAGAUAAUUGAGGCGUCAAAAGGGAAGCAAAUUGUAAUGUUUUUGGACUAUGAUGGUACCCUUUCUCCUAUUGUUGAUGACCCAGAUCGAGCUUUCAUGUCCAAGAAGAUGAGAGCAACAGUGAGAAAGCUGGCCAAGUGUUUCCCAACUGCUAUAGUGAGUGGGAGAUGCAGAGACAAGGUGUAUAACUUUGUACGGUUAGCAGAGCUGUACUAUGCUGGAAGCCAUGGCAUGGACAUUAAGGGACCAGCAAAAGGCUCCAAAUACAAGAAAGGAAGUGAAGCUCUCAUCUUCCAACCUGCAAGUGAAUUUCUACCCAUGAUCGAUGAGGUUUACAAGGAACUGAUAGAGAAAACAAAAUCAACUCCAGGAGCUAAGGUGGAGAACAAUAAGUUCUGUGUGUCAGUCCAUUUUCGCUGUGUUGAUGAGAAGAAAUGGAGUGAACUGGCCCAAGUGGUUAGGUCAGUCUUGAAAGAUUACCCAAAGCUGAGACUUACUCAAGGGAGAAAGGUAUUGGAAAUCCGUCCUACUAUUAAAUGGGACAAAGGGAAGGCUCUUGAAUUUUUGUUGGAGUCACUUGGAUUUGCCAAUUGUACCGAUGUUUUCCCUGUUUAUAUUGGAGAUGAUCGAACAGAUGAAGAUGCAUUCAAGGUAUUAAGAGAAAGAGGACAAGGUUUUGGUAUCCUAGUCUCUAAAUUUCCAAAGGACACAAAUGCAUCGUAUUCUCUACAGGAACCCACCCAGGUGAUGGAUUUUUUGCAACGUUUAGUAGAGUGGAAACAAGUCUCCCUGCGAGGGCAGCCGAGGCUGUAAAGACUAAAGAUUAGCCCCUUUAAGAAAUGUAAUUAAGGGUGGGAUUAGACUCUAAUUUUCUUGCUUCAUUGUUUAAAACAACUGGACAAGAAAAGAAAAAAUAUAUAUAUAUAUAAAAAAAAAGUUAACUAUUUAUUGGCUUCAAAGCCUUGUACAUGCAUCUUGUAAUUACCCGAGUACAAAGGGGUAAAGACUUGUAAUUUUGCAAGGGGUUGGCUAAAUGAAUAGAGAAAUUUUACUUUCUCA